AUGGCCCCGCUCCUGUCCCUAGCAGUAGAAUCUAAAGCUUUCCCAGAUUAUUACCUGGUCGUCUUCAAGGACGGUGUUCGCGCCAAUGAUUUCUCAACUCUCGCUGCUCAGAAUUUCCCCUCCAGCGGCUUUUCUUCCUCUCGCCAAUUCACCUUUGGAGGAUGGCCUAUAAGUGUAUGGAACGACAUCGUCAGCGGGGUCAAGCACGCCUACGACAUCGGAACCUUCCAGGGUAUCCCCGGUCGUUUCCACCCAGGGGCACUACACUUGAUCCGCGCCAACCUUGCAGUCGCAUAUGUCGAAUGCGAUUCUGUGGGUCGACUCACUAAUCUCAAGACGCAACAUAAUGCCACCUGGGGACCUGCACGUCUCUGCCAACGAAGCUCGUUGGCUGUGAAGCAGAAGGAUGCUGGAGAGCCGGCCUUUGACUAUGUGCAUGAACUGCGCAGUGGACUCAAUGUUACGGUUUUUGUGAUUGAUACGGGGAUCAAUCUGGACCAUAAGGAGUUUGAAGGACGGGCCAAGUGGAGAAUCAUGACUGUGGAGGGGGGAACGAGUGUGAUGACCAUGGACAUGGCACCCAUUGUACGGGCACUCUGGGCAGUCGCGCCUUUAGUGUUGCGAAAUCUGCACUUGGUUGCUGUCAAGGUGAUUGGGGAAAAUGGCCAUGGGAGUGUGUCAGAGUUUAUUCGGCGACACCUUGAAUUGAAACGAGUUCAGGGAGCAAGUCAUCGAGGAUCGGUCGCGAUUCUGUCGAUUGGGUACGAGCGGUCCCGGGCUAUGGACACACUUGUUAGAGCCGCGAUUGACGCCAGGGUCCAUGUUGCCGUCGCUGCUGGGAAUACGGAGCCGACUAUUGAGCUGAAGGGGUUGGUUCUGUCCAAGGCUACUCGUGGUGCUUUGAUUAAUGUGCCUGACGAUACCGUGAACCUUUUGGCGUCCAAUGGUGAAGAGGAGGAUAACAAGCACUUUCAUACAUGGUAG